AUGGGCGCCUUAAAGGGAUCCACCGGCGAGCCUAGGGUUAGCCCCGGCCAACAAAACCGUCUGAAACGGAUGUCAUCAGCGGAUGCGAAGAAAAACGACCGAAAGAAAGCUAAGGUUGACGAUGACACAGACACUUCGGAGGUAAACAGUCUAGGGAUCAGUUGGUUUGCUCCUUUGACUGUUUUGAGCAAGAGCUCUAUUAGUUCUAUCAAAAAUUUUAGAGAAAGCCGUAGAGUUAACCAUUUAAUCAGUACUGAUGAGUUCCAUUUGACUCGCAAGAGUCGACGGGAUUUAGUUCAAGAGUCUUCCAAAGUUGUUGAGAAUGAUUUACCUGGAUUGGUCUGUAACGAUCUUUGUAAUGGGAAAGAAAACACAUGCAUCCCUGUUACAAAUGAAGUUGAUGUCCCUCCUGUUGCUCCCGAAGAGUUUGAAUAUCUCAGCACCACCAAAGUUGCAAAAAAUUUAGUGAUUCCGGCGAGCGCUGAGGGAUGUAACUGUAAAGGAAAGUGUACUAACACAAGGACUUGUUAUUGUGCUACUCUUAAUGGCUCGGAUUUUCCUUACGUUGGGAAACCUGGUGGCGGCAGGUUGUUUGAGGCCAAGGCUGUUGUUUUCGAGUGCGGUCCGAACUGCGGCUGCGGGCCUAAGUGUUUGAACCGCACUUCUCAGCAGGGUUUGAAGUAUAGGCUAGAGGUUUAUAAGACACCUGAUAAAGGCUGGGCUGUUAGGUCUUGGGAUUUUGUUCCCUCUGGUGGUUAUGUGUGCGAGUACACUGGUGUUCUAAUGAAGACCAGUGACCUAGACAAUGUGUCUGUGAAUGAUUACUUCUUUGAAAUCGAUUGUGAGCAUACAAUGAAUGGGAUUGGGGUGAGGGAGAAGCGCCUUGGUGAAGUGCCGCCCAUUGUAAAUGAUCAUAUUACCGGGGUAGAUGAAGAUGGCAAGUUAUUAGAAGAAAGUGACCCCGACUAUUGUAUCGAUGCUGGUUCCAGUGGGAAUGUUGCUAGGUUCAUCAACCAUAGUUGCGAGCCGAAUCUGUUUGUGCAGUGUGUCUUGAGUUCUCACCAUGAUGUUAAACAAGCUAGAAUUGUGUUGUUUGCUUCGGAGGACAUACCUCCCAUGCAAGAACUGACAUAUGACUAUGGCUAUGAGCUUGGUAGUGUCGUUGACGCUGAUGGAAAAGUAAAGGAGUUACCUUGUUGUUGUGGUACAGCAGAGUGUCGAAAGCGUUUGUACUAG